CACGCCAUGCUAAUGACACACAGCACAAAUCAUCAUGGAAGUUCACCCCACGGCCCCCCAUUCUCCCUGCCCAUGUGUGGUGCAGUCAUGCUGACAUCCUGAUCCUCUGCUUGAGCCAGUGCACUGCACACAGGUCAUGAUGAAUGUUCAGGCAGGAGAUAGUUUGUGAACCAAGUGACCUCACCUGGUACCUCUGCAGUGUAUAAAGUCCACAUCCCAGUGAUCACACAGAGCACAGGCUGAAAAACAGACACUUCUUCUGAGGAGACAAAAUGAAGCUACUUGUUAAGGUACUGAUGCUGUGUUUGGCCCUAGGCCUGGGAACCUCCACAGGUGAUUUGCCCCAGAAUUCAACUAACCAAGCUCCUGAGGAAGACAACUCUUCAGACUGGGGCAUUGGGACAGUACGAGACGGCUUUGAGGCUGUCAAUGGCUAUUUUGAUUCCUUUUUGGAACUACUGGGUGGAAGAAAUGGAGUUUGCCAGUACAAGUGUCGAUACGGUAAAGCCCCCCUGCCAAGGCCAGACUUCAAACCACCGGAGCCCAACGGCUGCAGCUCCUACUUCCUGGGUCUCAAGGUACCUGAGAGCCUGGACAUGGGGAUCCCGGCCAUGACAAAAUGCUGUAACCAACUAGACAUCUGCUAUGAUACCUGUGGUGCCAACAAAUAUCGAUGUGAUGCCAAGUUCCGCUGGUGUCUCCACUCCAUCUGCUCUGAUCUCAAGAAGAGUUUGGGCUUCAUGUCAAAGGUAGAAGCUUGUGAAUCCCUUGCUGACACCUUGUUUAACACAGUAUGGACACUGGGGUGCAAACCGUUCAUGAACAGUCAAAGAGCGUCUUGUAUCUGCAAUGAGGAAGAAAAAGAUGAGCUCUGAUCUGGACUCUGCAGAGCAUCUCACCCAGGACUUGUGAAUAGUACAGGACUGCAGAGCAUUCUGCUGUAUAUGACAGUACUGUAGAGCAUGCAGCACCACAUUUGUCAGGACUGCUGAGGCUUACUAAGGACUGGCCGUACAAGGGGCUGUUGGGUAAUAAAAUAUUACAGUGCUUGAACAUAUAAUGCUUAAAACUUCGGCUGAGCUUUGCUACUGCACGGUGUAGUUGCCACGUGCCAGGGUUGGAUAGGCGCACAUUAUAAUUUAUACCUCUUUUAUACAAUGACAGCUGUGUGUGUGUCACAUGUCACCCUCUCCAGAGUCUCUGAAUUAAGAGUUUUGUGUUUGAUAAGGUUGUGCAUUUACAGUUUCUUUUUAGCAUUAAUAUUUUUUAUAUUUUUCAUAAAAAAAAUACAAAUCUAAAGUCAGUAAAAUCUUUAAGCAAAUCUCAUGUGCUCCUCUUUCCCUAGUCACACAUUGUGGUGUCAGCAAUAGACAUCACAUCCCCAGCCCAUCACCACCUAAUAGGUCCAAUGCAGAAAUGAUUUCUGUAGGAAUGAUAUGUUUAUUAGAUUUCAGUAUGCAAACAAUUCUUGCUCUACAGUAAAUGCAUACAGCUGGGUUUUGUCUGGUAACACAACCAGUACUGUUUCAUGGACAAAUUGGUAUGGGGCAAGAGGGCACACGUGACUCCUUAUUGGAAAGAGGAUAAUCUCCUUGUUUAUUUGAGGGGUCAUCUGAUCCUCUGGUUAUCACUUGCACAAUGUGAAACUGGUAGGUUUAUUACCUGUUAGACACCAGCUUUUAAGUAAUAAAUGGGAAAUGUCUUCAAAUACAUAACCCCACGAGACCACUUAAAGGAUAAUCUCCUCUUUAAAAUUAGUGAUUAAAAGUGUAUAUGAUCACUUACAGAGAUAUUGUAAAAUAGUGCUUUGUGAUACAUGCUGUACUAAUUAUAUACACCAGUUACAAGGUUGUCCUAUUGGUUGUUAUUUUGUAUAUUAAAUGCCCAAAGUUAAUGAUUCCCAUAACUCUGAUGAAGCGCAUGUACGCAUGCGUGAAAUGCGUCAGUUCAGCAGGAGCCUCUUGUUGAGCUAAUGCACCUUGUACUAUUAAAAUAUUGACCACCAUCUCCUUUCCAAUAUAUCUCUAAUUAUAUAAAAGAAGUAGUCCUGACUGACUGACUGACUGACUAAUCAAUGCCCAGCUCAAACCGUUUAAACUAGGAAUGUGAAAUUUGGAAGGUACGUUGGUUUUAUGACAUAGGUCCCCACUAAGGAAGGAUUUUUGGAAAUGACGUCCCUAAGGUGAAAGAGGGGGUGAAUUUUUUUAUGAGGAUACCUAUAUCUCAAAAAACAAAGAUGUUAUAGCCAUGAAAAUUGGUAUUAAGAUUCUCCUUUAAAAAUAAUCACGUAUUUUACCAUUCCCCAAAAAUCCACUCAAGGGGGGUCAAAAAGGGGGCUUAUUUAUGAGGAUACCUAUAUCUCAAAAACCGAUGAUGUUACAGACGUGAAAAUUGGUAUUUAGAUUCUACUUUAAAAAUAAAGAAACACGCGUUUUACCAUUUCCAGAAAAUUCACUUAAGGGGGGUCAAAAGGGGGGGUGAUUUAUGAGGAUACCUAUAUCUUAAAAAACGAAGAUGUUACAGACGUGAAAAUUGGUAUUUAGAUUCUCCUUUAAAAAUAAAGAAACGUGCAUUACCAUUUCCCGAAAAUCCACUUAAUGGGGGGUCAAAAGGAGGGUGCCUAUUUAUGAGGAUACCUAUAUCUCAAAAACAAAAGACAUUAUAGAUGUAAAAAAUAGUAUUUAGAUUCUCCUUUUCUACCUAUAUCUCAAAAAACUGACAAUGUUACAGCUAUGAAAAUUGGUAUUUAGAUUCUCCUUUGAAAAUUACUAUCAAUUAUUAUCCCGUAACCCAAACUGGUGAAAUAGUGGUAUUCCUUCAUAAUAGACAUAUGGGGGUCGAUUUAACAACUGUCGGACGGGCAUGAUCCGCUGUAGCAUACACUGUGGGCAUUUAUCAUUGCACAAGCAUUUUGUGUGAAAUGCUUGUGCAAUACCACCCCCUGCACAUUUGCAGCCAAUCGGCUGCUAGCAGGGGGUGUCAAUCAUCCCUAUCGUCAGGGCCAUCUUUAAUAUUGACUGGACCCUGGGCAAAAAAAUUCUGUGAGCCCCCACUCCCACCCCAUGCAAUUUCGCUCUCCACCCUAACAUCCCAAAAAACAACUAAAUCAAUUUAUUUUAUAUAUUUUUUUAAAUUAUUAGCCCAGCAGUGGAUCAUCCACUGCUGGGCUAAUCAUUUAAAAAAAAUGAAAUAAUUUGCAAUAUGUGAAACUGGACCUAAGCAGUACUAAUAAGUAAAUAAAUAUAUAAAAUUCCUCCACUGUGGAUUCAUUUAAUAUUCUUUUGAAUGUGAUUCUGGUGUGAGGGUAGCUGGUUAAAGAGAUUUAGGGCAACCAACAGGAGCAAAGCAAGGUAAAGACUGAGGAGCAAGCACGGAAGUGCAGACAAAUAUAAGUUUACUGACUGGAAUAGCAGAACUACUAUGGGAAGCUGUAAAAUCUGAGACAGAGAGAAAACAAAAACUAUAAAAAUAAACCUUACAUUAAUGUGUGAAGUAUCAGCAUGACACUAUACAUCAGCCACAGCAGCACAUGUCACUUCUUUGCUAGGAACAAGUUCCCUCUCACCCUGCACUAGACAAUGCUGCAUGGAGAGGGGCGUGUGUGCACUCACUUUUCUUACCACUGACACCUUUCUACAAAGCACUGUUCCCCUUUCAAACUUCAGUUAGUUGAUCUUAGGGCCACAGCAGAAAGAGCAGGGCUAAGGGGACCAGCAGACUGGAUGCUGUCUGCCCAAGGCUGCAUGAUACAGUGUGAGAUGAGUCACACAGCCUCAAGACUGAAGAGUGCAGUGUAUGCAGUUGCACAGAUGCUCAAAUCCUCACGUGCCUGCCACUCCAGCUUUCUGCUGCAUGCGCCUACAGUCAGCCCUACCCAGAAACAAUCACCACCACCAGAGCAGUCACCUGGUAACAGUGGUAACCCCAGUAGGACUUUUUCUGAUACAGUGGGAAUGGCUGGAUGCUGAGUUAGGGCUUUGCAUUCAGUGCUGCACAGUGCACAUCUAAAACAGCACAUGGCAAUAGCUUGGCAUGUCACAUGACACCGGCACGGUCUGGCACAGUUUAAAAAAAAUAAAUAUAUAAACAGAGUACUUUUGACUGUGACAGUAUUAGGAAUGAAUGUGUGUGUUUCCCAUGUCACAUCAGCAGUCUGGUAUGAACCCAAAAAAAAAUAUAUAUAUAAAACUGCCUAAUAAAGUGUGCUGUGCUUAAA